AAGGUUACAAAAAAAAAACCUUCACUAAUAUCAUAAUAGUCCAAAUGAUAAUAGGGGGUGUAAUUUGUAUGAUCCAAUAUGAAAAUGUUCGUACACAUUUUUCUCAUCAAAACUUAGCUAACACCACUUCUUUCCAUGUCUCCAUAUUAAUUACCCUUCUUUAACCUUUCCCUCUACCUCUCAACCUUAUUUAAAUCUCCACACAACUGGAAUGCUUUUCCCAAACCUGUUCUAUUUAACCUGAGUGCCUCAAACUUCUCUCCAACAACAACAAUGGCAAGAAAAACUUUAGCUUGGUCCUUGCUUCUAGGGAUGGCUUGUUCCAUAGUUAUUGGUUCAUAUGAGGAGAGCUUUCCUCCUAGGACAUUUUCUAGUAACAACUAUCAUGAAGCAAUACAAAGAUUGCAGUCAUUUAAGGCCUCUCUAACAAGACAUGAUUCCAUUGCUUCAGCCUCAUCUUCCUUAUCAACCUUCUCAAGCCCUUCUUCUGCUCCUUCUCCUUCUCUCUCACUUCAGGGCGUGAACAAUCCACGCGUGUACCGUGUGACGUCUUAUGGUGCAGAUCCAACGGGUAAUUCGGAUAGCACUGAAGCACUCCUUGCAGCCAUAGAAGAUGCAGCCAAGGGUCCUAGUGAAGGAUAUUUGAUGGAAGGCAUCAGAGACCUUGGAGGUGCUCAGAUUAAUCUUGAGGGUGGAAAUUACUUGAUCAGCCGGUCACUCAAGUUGCCGGUGGCCGGGGUGGGGAACCUUAUGAUACAUGGAGGGACUAUAAGAGCCUCAGAUAAUUUUCCAGAAGACGGCUAUAUCAUUGAUUUGUCACCCUCUUCUAAUGGAAGAAACAGUUUACCAUCCUACAAUUUUGAGUUCAUAACUCUCAAGGAACUCUUGCUGGACUCAAACUUCAGGGGUGGAGGCAUUUCAGUCAUAAACUCACUUAGGACUAACAUAGACAAUUGUUACAUCACACAUUUCACCACCAAUGGAAUUUUAGUCCAAAGUGGUCAUGAAACAUACAUCAGGAACUCUUUCCUCGGCCAGCAUAUAACUGCUGGCGGCGACAAAAAUGAGAGGAACUUCUCAGGCACUGGAAUAACCCUCCAGGGUAAUGACAAUGCUGUCACUGAUGUUGUAAUUUUCUCUGCUGCUAUAGGAAUAAUGGUUACUGGUCAAGCUAAUGCCUUUUCUGGUGUACAUUGUUACAAUAAGGCCACUGGCUUUGGAGGCACUGGAAUUUAUUUGAAACUACCAGGUUUGACCCAAACCAGGAUUGUGAAUUCUUACAUGGAUUACACUAGUAUUGUGGCGGAAGACCCGGUUCAACUCCAUAUCUCCAGCAGUUUCUUCCUUGGUGAUGCCAAUAUUGUCCUAAAGUCCAAGAAUGGAAUUGUGAAUGGUGUUGAUAUUGUUGAUAACAUGUUCUCAGGUUCAAAUCAGGGUGUUGAAAUUGUUCAGCUUGACCAAUCAAAUAGUCCUUUCCAACAAAUUGAUCAAGUUAUUGUUGAUAGAAACAUUGCAAGGGGGAUGAAGUUAAAGGCCACAGUUGCCAAAAUGUCUAUGCAAGGGAAUGGAACCUCUUGGAGUGUUGAUUUUAACAAUGUUUUGCUUUUUCCUAACCUCAUAAAGAAUGUUCAGUACUCUUUAAGCUCCUCAGGCAGCACCUUCCCCAAUCAUGCUCUGAGGAACGUGUCCGAGAAUCGUGUUGUGAUUGAAACAAAUGAAGCAGUGGCUGCCAAUGUUUUUGUUACGGUGGAUCAAAGUGCGUUAAGUUGAAGAAGGUCUGAAGGUGGUGACCAAAAAGUUUGGUCAAGAGUCUUGACUCGAAGGAAUUGUGCAUACCGAGUUGUGAACUCUUUCUUUGGAUCAACUUAAAGUAACCAUAGUACCAUAUACUAAACACUGCUAUAGAUUUAGAAGAUGUAGAUUGACUGAACCACACAUUAUACAGUAACUGAAUGAAAAGUAUUGUAUUGAUAAAAGAUAUACUCUUUCUAUAGUUUGUUUUUGUAAAACAGGUCCUAGGUUGAAUCAAAACCAGCAUCUUGUUCUCAUUAUACAGAAUAAAAAAAAUGAGAGAAUUUUAUUAUAGCAA